AUGGCUGCGGCCGGCGGCGGGGCGGCGGCGGGCCGAGCCUACUCGUUCAAGGUGGUGCUGCUCGGGGAAGGCUGCGUGGGCAAGACGUCGCUGGUGCUGCGCUACUGCGAGAACAAGUUCAACGACAAGCACAUCACCACGCUGCAGGCAUCUUUCUUAACAAAGAAGUUAAAUAUUGGUGGGAAAAGAGUAAAUCUUGCCAUAUGGGACACAGCAGGUCAAGAGAGAUUCCAUGCAUUGGGACCCAUUUAUUACAGAGAUUCAAAUGGAGCUAUUUUAGUUUAUGACAUAACAGAUGAAGAUUCUUUUCAGAAGGUUAAAAACUGGGUCAAGGAAUUACGGAAAAUGUUGGGAAAUGAAAUCUGUUUAUGUAUAGUUGGGAAUAAAAUAGACUUGGAGAAGGAAAGACAUGUUUCCAUUCAAGAAGCAGAAUCGUAUGCAGAAUCUGUGGGAGCAAAACAUUACCAUACUUCAGCUAAACAGAACAAAGGAAUUGAGGAGCUCUUUCUUGACCUUUGCAAAAGAAUGAUAGAAACAGCACAGGUGGACGAGAGAGCAAAAGGUAAUGGCUGCAGUCAACCCGGUGCUGCACGGAGAGGAGUCCAGAUUAUUGAUGAUGAGCCCCAAGCCCAGGCUGGCAGUGGAGGGUGCUGUUCCUCUGGAUAACUGUUUACACAGAAGAAAUGCAGAACAAACAGAACUGUGGAUCAUUGCCCUCCACAUGAAGACUGCCAUAUUCCAAGUCACAUCAUUUUACCAAUGGAGUUAGAGAAUUAACAGUAUUUUAAAUUACAUUUAUAACACUGCAGAGACCUUAAGUGCUAAACUUAGUGGAGUUUGUGACCAGAGAAUUGGCAUUUUCUACAGAUGCUAACAAAGCAAUUACCAAUGGCCUUUUUACAUAUUUUUUUCUUUAAUGAGGAAUAAUAUGCAUGUAGAAAAGACCUACCUAAAGGCUUCAUUUAUAUUCUUUUAAAAUCAAAUCUUUAUUUAAUAACUUAUAUAUGUUGUUGGAAUGGUAUACAUUUUUGCAGCCCUUUGUAUUUUGUGGUAGUUUGAAUUGUAUCACUUCUAAAAAGCAUACUGUCUUUGUUUUUGAUUAGCAGAUACCUGAAGUUCUAUUUUUGCAGGGUUUGCACAGGCCCCUAACUGUCUACUACUUUGAUAUAAUCUCUAUACAUUCUGUAUGCUGAGCUGGUAAAAUACAUUGUAAAUUACAUAUUAAAUAUUUUAUCUGCUUUUACAAGCGCAAGGUGCAAACAUCUAUACAGUUGUGUUAUUGGUGACUGUAAAAUGAACUAACCAUUGGUAAUAAUGCCUAAGCUUCCUGACCAUUACACCCAACAUCACUCUCCUUCACUUUGUCUUAACUUGAAAGUGGCCUGUUUCAAUUUUCUCACACACAUGACUUGAAUUAUUGCUGUUGUCCCCUUUUUUUCCCCCUCUCCUCUAUAAGUCAUCUGAUGGAAUAGCAGCAUUUGCCUCCUUUUUUAUUAAAAAGAUGACUUCUGCUGA